CGUAAACCAUACCCCCCGGGGAUCCCGACGAGUUGAUUCGCCGGUGGCGCUGUCACUAAAGCUGCGCUCAGCUGCGUCACGCUGGCAUUGGAACGCCCCGCCCCUUGGCCAAAUUGAAGCAUCGGGCUGACCGAUAAAACUGGGACGUUUUAACCAUGAGAAGCAACGCUGUAAGCUGUUAAGCGGGGUUUUUUUUUAAAAAAAAAAUUGGGAAUCAGACACACACUGCAACGUUUACACUUCUUGCUGGUUUGGAACUAGCAACGAUCGCUGUGCAGGUAUAUAUAAAGGGAGGAGCAAGCAGCUGAAAAGGGUAACGAGAGAGAGAGCAGGCACACACACACACAGGUGCGUACUGAAGUGGAACUUACUGCAAGGACACCAGGAACCAAGAGGAGCGACCUACACACUCUCCUACAAAUACAGGUUUUCUGAGCUCGGAGUCUCUGUGAAGAAUGGAGGCGUCCCCUUUUAACCGCAGACAGUGGGCCUCCCAGUCCCUGCGCAUCACGGCCAGCGAGCUCUCCCUCACCAAGGGCAAGACCAGUGCCAUCGCUGAGCGCUUCUCCAAGUACCAGAAAGCUGCUGAAGAGGCGAGUACAGAGAAGAGGAGAGCUAACCCCGAAAACUUGACCCGCAGUUUCAGGAGAGGGAACCUCAGUGUGCUGAAGAAGCGGUGGGAGACCACGCCCUCAACGGACCCUCAACCGAACCCCGCCCCCCGCCCGAGGCUCCCCUCGACAGUCAGCCCCACCGGCGCCAAGCCUGACCCGCUGGCACAGACGGACCAGAACCGCGUUGGCAGAGUGAGGUCCCCAGGAAGUGCCCCCAGCGCUCGGUUCCAGUUCUCUGCGGAGAGAGAGGAGGGGAUGGAGCGGUCGAUGUCGAGGGAGGGGGAGGCGGCGCCCGCUUCUCCUGUCCGGAUUGAGAAGAGCAGCGUGCAGCUCAGCAGCCUGAAGAUGAUGUUUGAGAAGGGAGACUCCAGCCAGGCCAAGGUUUCUCGGGAACCUGGCAGAAUGGGGGUGAAGGGAUGGAUUUCUGAGAACAGUGCUUUGGAAGAGAACCACAUGGACCAUCGGGAGAGAGGUAGGGGUACUGGAUUGGUGCAGACGCUUCAGCUCUGCUGGUGUUUGUAGGAAAUUUGUAUAAAGAAGGUAAAACUGUUUUAGAGUAAGAGCAGGGGUAGGUGGAGCUGGCUGG